CUCCCUCACCUGACACUGUGUUAAAGAGGCUCCGACUACCACUUAUUAGAUGUUUAAGUGUUGCUACGCUUCACCCGUUGGAGUAUCUCUCACUGUUAUCCACCUUGGGACCAUAAAGCAGAGCUCCUUUGUGUCGGCGUGGACUUUGUCCUGAUAUUUCCUGCUCACACUCACAUGCUGGGCUGACCUCUAAAAGAAGACGACAGCACCUCUCUGGACUCGCUCGAGAGACACUGACAGGGUGUCCCGACGCUCCUGGUGGAUUUCCCCGGCUUCUCCGAUUACCUGCCGACGUGGUGAUUCUUUGCGAUUGUGAGCGUCAGCAGCGCCUGGUGCUGCAUAUCUGGGCAAGAUGAUGGAGGAGGUGUCCGUCAUGAUGGCGCACGAUGCCCACCUUAUGGAGCAGAUGAGCGAGGAGGAGAUCCUGGAGUGCCUGGUGGCUGAAACAGGACCUCAGUUCACAGUCCCAACGAAGAAAGCUAAACUGAGGGAAAGCCGGCUGCAAAUAAUGGAAGAUGAAGAAGACCCUGUGGACAAAUACCUGAGGGAGAACCGUCGGCUCCAGCAGGCCAGCCUCCGUCUGGAGCAGGAGAACGACAACCUCGCUCACAGACUGAUCACCAGCAAGGUCGCCCUGAGGAAUGCUCUGGACAAGGCAGAGGACAGAGUGGACGAGCUCACCAGAGACCUUCUACAGAGCAGACAUCGACUGCAGGCUACAGAGGAGGAGAAGAGGGGGAAAGAGGAGGAAGCUGCGAUGCUGAAGGAGGUGUUACGGAGAGAGCUGGAGAAGGCCGAGCAGGAGGUCAGGAGGUCGUCGGGAAUCAUCGCCGACUACAAGCAGAUCUGCUCUCAGCUGACAAACCGUCUGGAGCGGCAGCAGGCCGCCCACAGGGAAGAGCUGGAUUCACUCAAGGGCGCAGUGAGGGCUUGCUCGCUCUGUCGAUGCAUCGUAGAUUCAGAUGAAGCAUCCACCACAGCUCAGGACUCGACAGCGAUAGAGGGCCACAGGAAUGAGGACAGCGAAAGUCCUGAAAAGGCAGAGCAGAGGAGGGACGACCAGGAGAAGGAGUCCCUCAAGGCCCAGAUCAGGGAGCUGGAGCAGGAGUUGGCCCAGACCAAACUCCAGAUGGUGGAGGCCAAAUGCAAGAUCCAGGAGCUGGAGCACCAGAGAGGAAUCCUGGCCAACGAUCUCCAGGAAGCCAAGAACAGCUGGAUCAGCAAGGCCUUCACCUCCCUGCGGACCUCCAGCGGAGGGGUGCUUCACAGCAUCAGCGUUCCCAGAGAGGGGGCUCCCACCGUAGGCCCCCUCUCUGGGUGGAGCGCCAAGAAGCUGUCGUGGCCACACAGGGACAAUCGAGAAAACGUCUGACAGCUUGGACUGUGAUCAGAUCUCGAUCAGAGUGUUAAUUCAUUGUUAUGUACAGUAUGUAUUUAGUACUCCAGCUGCCGUUUCUCAUUUGAAACACUAGAGGGUGGUCUCGAGCACAAAACGAGCAGAGGAGAGUACCUGAGAGCACGCACAGGUGCUGUCAGACAUGUGCCCUCUCGUCUGCUCACCACUUUCACAGCUACUGUUUCCCCGAUGUAGAUUUUGCAUUUCUAAACCAAAUCCAUGUGCCAUGUGAGUUUCUUGUAAAUAAUUCUGUCAUUUGUAAAACAAUUCAAA